AUGAUCCCUCGGGUCCCUCAGAAUAAGAGGUUGUUGGUGGGUGUAGCCACUGCGGUUACCUUUAUCUUGCUAUACUUGAUCUCCGCCCAGCUGGGUCUGCCCAAGGUGGUCUAUGUGGACAAGGCAACAGGGACCGUUGUUUCAGACUUCAAGGAAGCUCUUGUUGGGGGAAGCACGCUAGUGGGAGCUCCCCUGGCGCCCGCAAGUCAGCCUCAGCCUCCGCAUGAUGAGCCACCCAUCAAGGACUCGUCUCAGGAGGAGAAUGCUGCGUUGCAACAGAUUGGUGCCAAAGAGGAAGUUGGUAAGCAGCCUGGAGAUUGCCUCAUUCCUGGUGAAAGGGUGAAGGCCACAUUCGUCUCGUUGGCAAGAAACGAGGAGUUGUACGAGUUGAUCAAGGCCAUCAGGAAUGUCGAGGAUAGGUUCAACAGGAAAUUCCGCUAUGACUGGGUCUUUUUGAACGAUAAGCCCUUCACCCAGGAGUUUAAAGACUUGACCAGCGCAAUUGUGUCGGGAAAGGCCAUGUAUGGCGAGAUUCCUAAGGAGCAUUGGUCCUAUCCGGACUGGAUUGAUAAGGAUAAAGCAGCAAAGUCUCGUGCCGACAUGAAGGCCGCCGGAAUCAUCUAUGGUGAUUCGGAAUCUUACAGGCAUAUGUGUCGAUUUGAAAGUGGAUUCUUCUGGAGACAUCCUUUAUUGGAUGAGUACGAUUGGUAUUGGAGAGUGGAGCCUGGUAUUCAGGUACACUGCGAUUUGAACUACGACUUGUUUAAAUACAUGGAGGAUAAUGAUAAGGUCUACGGCUUUACAAUCUCAAUCCAUGAGUUCGACAAAACCAUACCCACCUUGUGGAAGCACACCAAGGACUUCAUUAAGUUGCACCCAGAGUACUUGGCCAAGGACAACUUCAUGGGCUUUAUCAGUAACGACAAGGGUGAGACAUACAACUUGUGCCAUUUCUGGUCUAAUUUCGAAGUAGCAUCCCUCAAAUUCUGGAGAUCACAGGCAUACAGAGAUUAUUUUGAAUACCUUGACCAGACCGGCGGGUUCUUCUACGAGAGAUGGGGCGAUGCGCCCGUGCACUCCAUCGCAGCGGCGUUAUUUUUGCCAAAGGACAAAAUCCACUAUUUCCAUGAUGUCGGGUAUAACCACGGCGUGUACACGCAGUGUCCAUUGAACGCAGAGUUCAGAUAUGAGCACAGGUGUGACUGCAAUCCCAACCUGGACUUCACCUUCAGAGGGUACAGUUGCGGGAAGAAAUACUACGAGGCUAUGAAGCUCGAAAAGCCCAAGGAAUUCGCCAUCUUCGCCCUUGUGUUGAUCUUCUGUGGCUACGUGCUCACUAAGGGCUCUAGUUUUGAGGCGUCUACCGCCAACGUCGCUAAGACCAACACUGCCCCAGCACAGGCAAUUCCCAAGAACGACGCUGGAGCCGCUGGUGCUGCUGGUGCUGCUGGUGCUGCUGGUGCUGCUGGUGCCGGUUCCGUCCAGAAGUCUUCCGGCAGUGCUGCCGUUGGAGGUGCUCCUGCUGCUGCUGCCCCUGCUGCCCCUGCUGUUGAAGCUCAAAACGACGCAUCCAACCCUAAUCUAGCCAACAAGAUCAAGGCUACGUUUGUCACGUUGGUGAGAAACUCAGACAAGAACAACAUUCUUCUGUCCAUCAGACACGUUGAGGACAGGUUCAACAAGAACUACCACUACGACUGGGUUUUCUUGAACGACGAGGAAUUCACUGACGAGUUUAAGAACGCCAUCUCUGCUGUUGUGUCUGGUAAAACCAAAUUUGGCCUCAUUCCGAAGGAGCACUGGUCGUACCCUGAGUGGAUCGACAAGGAAAAGGCUGCUUUGGCCAGAGAGCAGAUGGUGCAGAAAAAGGUAAUUUAUGGUGGCUCCGAGUCGUACAGACACAUGUGCAGAUUCGAGUCGGGUUUCUUCUACAGGCAUCCCUUGAUGCAAGAGUACGAGUACUACUGGCGUGUCGAGCCUGAUGUGAAGAUCUUCUGUGACAUUGACUACGAUAUCUUCAAGUGGAUGAAGGACAACGACAAGUGGUACGGCUGGACCAUUUCCUUGCCUGAGUACAAGGAAACCAUUCCCACCUUGUGGGAGACCACCAAGAAAUUCAUGGAUGAGAACCCUCAAUACAUAGCCAAGGACAACAACUUGGCAUGGAUUUCCGACGACAACGGUAAAACUUACAACGGGUGCCACUUCUGGUCAAACUUUGAAAUUGCCAAGCUCGAUUUGUGGCGUGGUGAGGCCUACACCAAGUAUUUUGACUAUCUCGACAAAGCUGGUGGAUUCUUCUACGAAAGAUGGGGCGACGCUCCAGUGCACUCAAUUGGUGCUUCUCUUUUUAUUCCUAAGGACAAAUUGCACUUCUUCACGGAUGUUGGCUACUGGCACGUUCCUUUCCAUAACUGUCCAGUUGAUGAGGAGACCAGGUUCAAGAAGAAGUGUGUUUGCGAGCCAAAGGAUGACUUCACCUGGAGAGGCUACUCUUGUACGCCUAAGUACUUCACUCUCCACGGAUUGAAGAGACCUAAGGGAUGGGAAAACUUCACCGGUUAA